AUGUCUUAUCACUCGUCCAUCUCCCACGAUCAGAGAGGAACCGACGCCAGGAUCGUUUCGGAGCAUCUUCCUCCCGGUUAUACGGCCGAGUUCCACCCUCUAAAAAAUAGCUGUCGUGACAAUGGAUCUAUUUCUUCGACUUCCGGCGCUGAGCUCCCUUCGUCGUUUCAGGAGUCCUCUCUAUGUCUCCAGGGCGGCGACAUUCACCGCGACCUGUUCAAGAUACAUUCUGCCGCUUCACCAUCGCAAGGGCGUCGCCGCACCAAUAGUUUUCCCCCACCUCGAGUAUACGAACAGCCUCAAGUAUCUAGCCAUCGCGAGAUCAUUCCGCGUCCGGGCUUUACAGUUGGCGAUCAGCUCGUUCCAGGCGGCUUUCGUCGGGCCUUUUUGCGCCUUUAUCACGGCCCUGACUCGCGGGUGCCGCUCACCCGCGACUUUGUCGAGUUCCUCGACCUUUAUGGGCACUUUGCUGGGGAAGAUCUGCUUGACUCCGAGGCUGAGGCUACAGUACGGGCUGAGGAAGAAGAGGAUGAAGGACUGCCCCCGGAAAGACAGCCGCUGCUGCGAGAGCGCGUCAUUUCGCGUCUGCCUGCGCCCAAAUCUGCCAAUGCGGGUACUGUCAAGACGUUCUUUACUCUGAUCAAAGCUUUUGUGGGGACUGGCAUCAUGUUCCUACCGAAAGCUUUCAGCAACGGUGGCUUGCUCUUCUCAUGUCUGGUUAUGCUUGCCCUGGCGGUCAUCACCAUGAUCGCCUUCCAUCUCCUGCUGCAGUGUAAGCACCACUACAGCGGCGGUUAUGGCGAGAUUGGCCAGGCUAUUGCGGGCUACAGGAUGCGCUCGAUAAUUCUAUUUUCUAUUGCCUUGUCGCAGCUCGGCUUCGUCUGCGCGGGUAUAGUCUUUGUAGCUGAGAACCUUUCUGCCUUUCUAGACGCAGUCACGCCUUCCAUACCAACCCCGCCGUUGUCAACGACUGCCCUCAUUAUCCUGCAGCUCCUCAUCCUCACUCCGCUCUCAUGGAUCCGAAACAUCUCCAAACUGGGCCCCGCUGCCCUGCUCGCCGACGUCUGCAUCCUCAUCGGCAUCAGCUACAUCUAUACCUACACCAUCAAGACCAUCUCUCACGAUGGCUCUCACCACGGUGUCACGCUGUUCAAUCCCUCAGCUUACACUCUGACUAUCGGCUCCGCGAUCUUCACCUUCGAAGGUAUUGGGCUCAUCCUACCCAUCGAGGCGUCCAUGGCCAAGCCAUCGCACUUUGAGUCCCUGUUGGCCCUUGUCAUGGGCAUCAUAACUGUCGUUUUCACGUCUAUCGGCGCUCUGUGUUAUAUUGCCUUCGGCGAUGCGACCCAGAUCGAGAUUAUCAACAACCUGCCGCAAGAUAAUCGCUUGGUGAAUGUCGUCCAGCUGCUGUAUGCCAUUGCUGUCCUGGUCGGCACGCCGGUGCAGCUCUUCCCUGCGCAGCGCAUCCUUGAGAGUGUCAUCUUUGGCGCACAUCGCUCGGGGAAGAGGAGUCUGAAGACGAAGUGGACGAAGAAUAUGUUUCGGUUUUGUGUGGUGGUGCUGUGUGGCAUCGUUGCGGUCAUUGGGACGGGGAAUUUGGAUCGUAACAGUGCUAAUUACGAGCAAAGUCUGAUUGACCAAGUUAAUAUCCCACUUGUUGGUCAGAUCGCCCCAAAGGUCACGAGGAUCGCCAUUGCUUGCACCGUUUUUCGCACCACUCGCGUUUCUGCUCCUGGUCCUUGGUUGGGCCAGAAGUACAGUACGCCUGCUUGA